AUGGCUGGAAAUUCUACUAUGAUACUAAAGGUACAAUGCAAGGCUCAUGGAGCAUAUGUUCUGGAAAUAGAAUCAGUUGAGGAAAAUAUGUGGAUCACUGAAACCUUCCUAUCUCUACCUGCAAGUGAAUGCUUGGAAUGGCAAUUUUGCAAUGUAUGGGUCGGUGCAACAGAUCGUGAUACAGAGGGUACAUUUACCUGGGUCAGAAACAAUGAGGAACUGACAUACCUGCCUUGGGAUGACGGACAACCUGAUGAUAAAAACGGACAGGACUGUGUCCGAAUUAAUUCUUCUGGAAAAUGGAAGGAUGCUGCUUGUAAAGAUUUCAAUCAUAUGAACUAUGUUUGUGAAAAAGAUUCAAACUCUCAAAUAUGA